AUGCAGGAGAUCCAGUGUGUAGCGAGGGAGUACAUUAACGAUGAAGAAGUCAGCCGGGUCGUGGCUGCCAACAAACGGCAGUCCUCUCACAACCAAACUCGGCACCACGAGAGCGGAGAAAGACCAAGGGAGCACGCCAGGGACGGUGGUGCGAACAAGACAACAAAGCCAUUCCCCCGAGUCGGGAAGUUCACUAAUUACACUCCCUUCAUGGCCCCGAUCAUGGAAGUUUACCAACAGAUAGCCGAGAAGGGAAUACUGUCGAAACCCCGACCUCUGAAGGAUCGAACAGGGGGAAACAAAAGCCUUUAUUGCGAAUAUCAUAAGGGAUACAGGCACAAGACCCAAGACUGUUUCGACCUGAAGGAUGCACUUGAGCAAGCAAUUAGGGACGGGAAACUUGCCGAAUUCUCCCACCUCAUUAGAGAGCCGAGGAGACGGAACCGCGACAACGAGGGCGAGGACAGAUCCCGGGCGACAAGACGACGCCAAGAACCAGAGGGAGACGACCACGGACUCACAGUGGUAAACGUAGUAACGACGAGGAAUUCAGCCCCGAGGUCGAGAUCAGUACAGAAGAAAGAUGCCAAAAUUUUGGCAGUCUCCUCUUCACCUGCGAGAAGUUCCCAGAGACUCUCAUCCAUCUCCUUUGGUCCAGAAGACCAAUGGUUUGACGAGGUCCCGGAAAUCCCCCCCAUGGUCAUCACGACCAGAGUCGGAACCGGCCUCGUCAAACGAAUCCUCGUGGAUACAGGGGCAGACUCAAACAUCAUGUUCCGCAAUGUAUUUGAUGCCUUGGGACUGCGUGACGCCGACCUAGCGACCUACCAGCACGAUGUGGUAGGGUUGGGCGAUCACUUCAUCAAACUCAAUGGGAUUAUCUCCCUCCCGACCUCCAUGGGACAGGGACAGAGGCGAAGGACAGUAAUGGCCGAUUUUGUAGUUUUGCGGGAUUCCACAGCCUACAACAUCAUCAUGGGGAGGAAAACCAUCAACGACCUUGGGGCAGCGAUCAGUACGAAGCUGCUCGUAAUGAAGUUUGUUACUGAUGACGGAUCCGUAGGAUCCAUUAGAGAAGACUUGGAAACGGCGGUCGCCUGCGACCACGCCAGCCUCUCCUUGAGAAAAAAAUCCAAAGAGGCAUCAAGGGUGUUCCUCGUCGACCUGGAUGCCAGAAUAGACAACAAGCCUAGGCCCGAGCAGAGGGGGACCUGGAAAAAUUCAGAGUUGGGGAUGCGGAAGAGAAAUUCACAUUCAUAA